AUGCGCGUGAUCACGAUGGAGGACAUCGAGAGGCAGCUAUUUGCAGCCAUUUCAUGGAAAGGACCCGGCGAAGACGGCCUACCAGCAGCCGUCUGGAAAGAGACCUGGCCCGUGGUCAACCACCGGGUCUUGGCUCUGUUUCCCACGUCGUUAGAGGAAGGAAGACUGCCCGACCAAUGGAGGCACGGGAAGAUUGUUCCGCUGAAGAAGCCGGCCAAGAACGACUAG